CAAACUUAAAAUAUUAUCUCUAUCCCCACCCAAACCUCUCCGUACGAAAACAUUUUCUCAGACGGAUUCGCCUGGUCUGCCUUCUAUUCAUUUUCUCCCUCCCCGCUUGCCCUCAGUAGCUCUCUUUCCCGUUAGCAGGAGAAAAUAAGUUCUAUAGCACGUAGGAGAUUUGCCCAUCUCUUUUGGGUGUUCGCCGCAAGUGACUCGCAGGCCUUUCUUCUCAUCAUUGAAGGGUUUGACUGAGAAGAAGUUGUAAUGGCUACGGCUACAUACCCACCACCACCACCAUACUACAGACUUUACAGAGAUUACUUACAGAACCCAAAAUCAGCUCCUGAGCCUCCCCCGCCUAUUGAAGGGACCUACAUUUGUUUCGGUGGCAACUACACGACUGAUGAUGUGCUUCCGAACUUGGAAGAGCAGGGAGUGCGCCAGCUAUACCCAAAAGGACCAAAUGUUGAUUUUAAGAAGGAACUGAGGUCACUUAACAGAGAACUGCAGCUGCAUAUUUUGGAGCUUGCAGAUGUUCUUGUUGAGAGACCAUCACAAUAUGCGAGGAGAGUGGAGGAAAUAUCCCUUAUAUUUAAGAACAUACACCACCUUCUCAAUUCAUUACGUCCCCAUCAGGCACGAGCAACAUUAAUUCACAUUCUAGAACUCCAAAUACAACGCCGCAAACAAGCUGUUGAGGAUAUAAAGAGGAGAAGAGAGGAGGCCCAGAAACUUCUCAAGGAAUCCCUUGCAACCUUGGACGGACACUAGUGCACGAUUUAGGUGCUUUUGUUGAAACCAGAACUGCCUGUGUUUUUGUUCACUUAGCGAAUCUUCCGUUGUUCGAGACUCUUGGAUAUCUCUGUCCUAUUCUACUUAUUUCCUUUCUUUCCACUUUUGAUUAUAUUGCAAGUAUGCCAACCGAGCAGUUGCUGUA